UUGCUUCAGCUUCUCCACCACGGGCCUCCCCCCAUCCGCCGCCAUCUUCCGCCGCCAAAAUGAUGAUCGGCGAGUCCCGCCACCCUCUCCACCCCACGGUGCGCAUCCCUCCUCCGUGGCCAUCCCUCGACGAUCCCGCCGACGAGAUCCUCUCCCAGUUCGACGCCGACCACCUCGCCUCCGCCGCCGCUGCUAGCCCGCGCUACCUGCAGGAUAUCAUCGCGGCGCUGCGCCGCCACCAGGCCGACCCGGACUCCGACGGCCCCGACUCGCCGGUCGACCUCUACACGUCCGACCAAUUCCGCAUGUACGAGUUCAAGGUUCGGCGGUGCACGCGGGGCAAGUCCCACGACUGGACCGAGUGCCCCUACGCCCACCCGGGCGAGAAGGCGCGGCGGCGCGACCCGCGGCGCCACGGGUACUCCGGCGCGGCCUGCCCCGACUUCCGGAGCGGGCAUUGCCCGAAGGGAGACGCCUGCGAGCUCGCCCACGGCGUGUUCGAGUGCUGGCUCCACCCCUCGCGGUACAGGACGCAGCCCUGCAAGGACGGGCUCAACUGCACACGGCGCGUCUGCUUCUUCGCCCACACGGCCGAGCAGCUGCGCGUCGUGCCCGGGCAGCAGAGCCCGCGGAGCGUCGAGUCGCUGUCCUCGUCCCCGCCGGCGUCGCCCAUGUCGCUGUCGCUGUCCCGGUCGCCGUUCCGGGCGGACCCGGUGGCCGAGAUGGUCGCCUCCCUCAGGAACUUGCAGCUCGACAAGGUGAAGUCCAUGCCCUGCGGCGGCGGGUCCAGCUCCGGGUCGCCCAGAGGCCCCAGAAUCCGACCCGGGUUCUACAGCAUGCCCACGACGCCGACCACCCAAUCCACCCCGACGGCGCGCGGCGGGAUCGGGUAUCUCGAUUCGUGGGAGAGCGGGUACGAGGAAGAGCCGGCGAUGGAGAGGGUGGAGUCCGGCAGGGACCUGAGGGCCAAGAUGUUCGAGAAACUGAACAAGGAGAGCUCGUUGGAUACCGUCCGACCAGAAUCCGUCCCGGAUGUAUGGUGGGUGUCGGACCUGGUCAAGUGAGAGCGGGAUCUUUGUCUACGUGUUCCCUCUCUCUUCAUUGUAAAUAGGAUCUGAAACGGAGGAGAGGGAAAACAGGGUAAACCGUUAAACGAUUUCGGACUCUAGCUACUGUACAUAUAUAUGGUAACCGGCGGCCAUUCGAUGGCAUGCCGAAGCGAACUUGGAAGUUGGUUCCAGUUCCCAAAGGAGAAGAAGACGAUGAUCGAGAGAGACAGAACACAGAAGGUUAGGCGACGUUUCGUGUUCGACGAGGGCCCGAUUCCCAAAUUGCAGAAGGUCUCCUGAUUGCAGGUUGAUUCCACGUUCCGUUCCUCGAUCGUUUCUUGUUUGUUUUUUGGAUCGACUGAAGAAGAAGAAGAAGAAAAGGUCGCAGGAGCCAUCGUCGAUGGUCAUGUCCUCUUGAUGCAGCGAUCUUGAAAAGGGUUUUUUCUAUUCUAGUAAUCAUCAUCAUCUGGUAUCGUGACUCAAAAAACAUGUCUGAGGUUUUAAGAUUUCUUUACUGAUUCUGUCUGGGUAUAUAUUCGUCUGGAAGAAGAAGAUCAUGGUCUACUAAUUCCUCUUCGGUUUUGUUUUUUUUUUGGUCGGUUUCUUUUCUCUGGCCAGAACCCAUCCAAAGCUUUUUGAGUUCAUGAAAGAGUCUAUCGUUACUGAAGUGAUUUCCAUGUGUGGACUGUGGGGAGUUCAUGUCUGUAAGAUAAAGAUUUCAUUUUUAUAAUGCCAAUUUU